GACUAUCUCGACGGAAAUCAUCCUCUUCAACUCCAUUUAAAUUUCAGGUAAACGCCCCCGCUUCAGCCAUUUCUGCUCCAACUCUUACCAUAUUCAAUUUCCGAUCAAGAUCAACGCCAUGUCCACUGUUCUUUCCACUAAGUUCACACCCAUCUCGCUGCGGACUCAGUUCAGCAGAAACUCGAGGACUCGCUUCUGCAAUACACCCUUCCCGCCCUCCGUCUACAGCAACCGCUCUUUUACCGCCAAAAUCCGUGCUUCUUCCACCGCAUUCGUCGAGCCUAAGCCUGCGAAUCCUGUCGUGGUUGAGAAGGAGGCCGGUGCCGGCAAUAACAAUUUAGCCUGUCCCGUAUGUUUCAACCAAUUGACUUGGAACGGCGACUCAAUUCUAUCCAUAGGAUCUACAGCUGGGUCUAGUUUGCAGUGUAACACUUGCAAGAAGACUUAUUCUGGUAAUGAAACGCAUAUUGACCUUACAGCAGCUAGUGGGUCUAAACAAUAUGGUCAAUAUGUUUCUCCCAUUACGGAGCUUUUCAGGCUUCCAUUGAUACCAUUCCUCUAUGAGAGGGGUUGGCGUCAGAGUUUUUUAUGGCUUGGCUUUCCAGGUCCAGAGAAAGAGUUUGAAAUGAUGAAGGAUUACCUAAAGCCAGUUUUAGGUGGAAAUAUCAUUGACGCUAGUUGUGGUAGUGGGUUGUUUUCAAGACUUUUUGCCAAGAGUGGACUAUUUUCGCAUGUUGUUGCUCUGGAUUACUCAGAGAACAUGCUACAGCAGUGCUAUGAAUUUGUUGAUAAGGAAGAGAACUUUCCCAAAGAGAAAGUUACCUUGAUCAGAGCUGAUAUCUCUAGGCUUCCUUUUGUUUCAAGUUCAAUUGAUGCUGUGCAUGCAGGGGCAGCUAUUCACUGUUGGCCUUCACCAUCAACAGCUGUAGCUGAAAUAAGUCGUGUUCUCCAACCUGGAGGAGUUCUUGUUGCUACAACCUAUAUACUUGAUGGACCUUAUGCGUUUUUGCCACAUUUAAGGAUCUUUCGGGAGAAUAUGACGUUAAUCUCAGGCAACCACACCUUCCUGUCCGAACAUGAACUUGAAGAAAUCUGCAGAACAUGUGGACUAGUUGAUUUUACCUGUUCGAGGAAUCGACGCUUUGUGAUGUUCUCAGCCAGAAAACCCAAUUAAACAUUCCUUAUAUCACUCCUCAAAAGUCAUCAAAAUCUUGGCUUGGAAAGCCAGAUACAUUCUAAUAAGUUUUCUUUUUAAGUUCAGUCAUGAGAUGACUAUGGAUGUCAAACUGAGACAUCAAAUAAAAUUUCAAGCUUUUA